AUGCUUAUCCCCAGUGGGAUUUUCAACCAUCACACCAACCAUCCCACCAACAAUCCCACCAACCGUCCCACCAACCAGCCCACCAACAAUCCCACCAACCGGCCCACCAACCGUCCCACCAACCAUCCCACCAACCGUCCCACCAACCAUCCCACCAACAAUCCCACCAACCGUCCCACCAACCAUCCCACCAACAGUCCCACCAACCGUCCCACCAACCAGCCCACCAACCAGCCCACCAACAAUCCCACCAACCGUCCCACCAACCAUCCCACCAACAAUCCCACCAACCGGCCCACCAACCAGCCCACCAACAAUCCCACCAACCGUCCCACCAACCAGCCCACCAACAAUCCCACCAACCGUCCCACCAACCAUCCCACCAACAAUCCCACCAACCGGCCCACCAACCAUCCCACCAACAAUCCCACCAACCGUCCCACCAACAAUCCCACCAACCGUCCCACCAACCAGCCCACCAACAAUCCCACCAACCGUCCCACCAACCAUCCCACCAACAAUCCCACCAACCGGCCCACCAACCAUCCCACCAACAAUCCCACCAACCGUCCCACCAACAAUCCCACCAACCGUCCCACCAACAAUCCCACCAACCGUCCCACCAACCAGCCCACCAACAAUCCCACCAACCGUCCCACCAACCGUCCCAUCAACAAUCCCAUCAACCGUCCCACCAACAAUCCCACCAACCGUCCCACCAACCAGCCCACCAACAAUCCCACCAACCGGCCCACCAACCGUCCCACCAACCGACCCACCAACCGGCCCACCAACAAUCCCACCAACCAUCCCACCAACCAUCCCACCAACCAUCCCACCAACAAUCCCACCAACCGACCCACCAACCAUCCCACCAACCAUCCCACCAACCGACCCACCAACCGGCCCACCAACAAUCCCACCAACCAUCCCACCAACCGGCCCACCAACCGACCCACCAACCAUCCCACCAACCGGCCCACCAACAAUCCCACCAACCAUCCCACCAACCGGCCCACCAACCGACCCACCAACCGGCCCACCAACAAUCCCACCAACCAUCCCACCAACCAUCCCACCAACCGGCCCACCAACAAUCCCACCAACCGGCCCACCAACCGUCCCACCAACCAUCCCACCAACCAUCCCACCAACCGGCCCACCAACCAACCCACCAACCGACCCACCAACCGGCCCACCAACAAUCCCACCAACCAUCCCACCAACAAUCCCACCAACCAUCCCACCAACCAUCCCACCAACAAUCCCACCAACCGGCCCACCAACCAUCCCACCAACAAUCCCACCAACCGUCCCACCAACAAUCCCACCAACCGUCCCACCAACCAGCCCACCAACAAUCCCACCAACCGUCCCACCAACCAUCCCACCAACAAUCCCACCAACCGGCCCACCAACCAUCCCACCAACAAUCCCACCAACCGUCCCACCAACAAUCCCACCAACCGUCCCACCAACAAUCCCACCAACCGUCCCACCAACCAGCCCACCAACAAUCCCACCAACCGUCCCACCAACCGUCCCACCAACAAUCCCAUCAACCGUCCCACCAACAAUCCCACCAACCGUCCCACCAACCAGCCCACCAACAAUCCCACCAACCGGCCCACCAACCGGCCCACCAACCGACCCACCAACCGGCCCACCAACAAUCCCACCAACCAUCCCACCAACCAUCCCACCAACCAUCCCACCAACAAUCCCACCAACCGACCCACCAACCAUCCCACCAACCAUCCCACCAACCGACCCACCAACCGGCCCACCAACAAUCCCACCAACCAUCCCACCAACCGGCCCACCAACCGACCCACCAACCAUCCCACCAACCGGCCCACCAACAAUCCCACCAACCAUCCCACCAACCGGCCCACCAACCGACCCACCAACCGGCCCACCAACAAUCCCACCAACCAUCCCACCAACCAUCCCACCAACCGGCCCACCAACAAUCCCACCAACCGGCCCACCAACCGUCCCACCAACCAUCCCACCAACCAUCCCACCAACCGGCCCACCAACCAACCCACCAACCGACCCACCAACCGGCCCACCAACAAUCCCACCAACCAUCCCACCAACAAUCCCACCAACCAUCCCACCAACCAUCCCACCAACCGGCCCACCAACCAUCCCACCAACCAUCCCACCAACCGGCCCACCAACAAUCCCACCAACCAUCCCACCAACCGGCCCACCAACCGACCCACCAACCGACCCACCAACCAUCCCACCAACCAUCCCACCAACCGACCCACCAACCGGCCCACCAACAAUCCCACCAACCAUCCCACCAACAAUCCCACCAACCAUCCCACCAACCAGCCCACCAACAAUCCCACCAACCAGCCCACCAACCGUCCCACCAACCAGCCCACCAACUGUCCCACCAACCAUCCCACCAACAAUCCCACCAACCGUCCCACCAACCAGCCCACCAACAAUCCCACCAACCAUCCCACCAACCAGCCCACCAACAAUCCCACCAACCGGCCCACCAACCAUCCCACCAACCAUCCCACCAACCAUCCCACCAACCGGCCCACCAACAAUCCCACCAACCAUCCCACCAACCAUCCCACCAACAAUCCCACCAACAAUCCCACCAACCGUCCCACCAACCAGCCCACCAACAAUCCCACCAACCAUCCCACCAACCAGCCCACCAACAAUCCCACCAACCGGCCCACCAACCGACCCACCAACCGACCCACCAACCGGCCCACCAACAAUCCCACCAACCAUCCCACCAACCAUCCCACCAACCGACCCACCAACCGACCCACCAACCAUCCCACCAACAAUCCCACCAACAAUCCCACCAACCAUCCCACCAACCUCUGA